AUGCCACGCCGCAGGUAUGUGGUGCCGACCGGCCAAACCCCAUGUCGGGCAUUCUCCGCAUGCCUGCAGUCGUGCCAGACACCGGGGGACGAGGUGAAGAGGUGGACGGACGGAGGGAUGAUUAAUGAACCUACUAAAUAUAUCAUUAGGUUAUCAUUAUUAUUGAUGCAUUCAUCACUUGGAGAUGAAAUCAUAAAUGGGACCAAGACCAAGGAGAAGUCCAUGCUGUAUAUGGCCUCUGUGCAGAAUGAUGGAAGACAUAAAUGUGGAGGAUUCCUCAUUAAUGAAAACUUUGUGCUGACUGCUGCACACUGUGACUUUCCGAAGCUUAGUGUCGUUCUUGGCACUCACGACCUCCAGAAGGUUGACGAUAGGACAAUGAGAUACAGCGUAGAGCGAUGCAAGCAUCCAUCUUUUGUCGAUGUCGCUAAAGGGGAUGACAUCAUGCUCCUCAAACUGACUAAGAAAGCUCGACUGAACAAGCGUUUACAACCAGUUCAACUUAUAAAGCCUGGGAAAAAAGUAAACAAAAAAGAGAAGUGUCGUGUGGCUGGAUGGGGCUGGACAAGGACUGGUGGUAAAGUUGUCAAUGUGCUGCAAGACGUGGACGUGUCUAUCGUUAACCUGACAGUCUGCAAGGCAGAAUGGAGUAGCAUCUCAGUUAAUCUUCCUGCCAAUGUUACCUGUGCAGGUGGAUAUGGCACAAAUAAAGGAUUCUGUCAGGGGGAUUCUGGUGGUCCUCUGGUGUGCAGCGGGAAGGCUGUUGGUGUCGUGUCUUUCAACAUGAAGAGAAACUGUGACUACCCCAAUCUACCUAACGUCUAUACAGAUAUAUCUAAAUACCUUCCCUGGAUCAAAAAGGUUCUGAAGAAAAAAAAAUGUUUAAAACCAUAGAGCAAGCCUUUACUCCACUUCCACAUUCACUCUGGCACAGUGGAGCCUCAUGCAAAAAGCCCUGCCGUCUCUCCUACAGAGAGCAAAACACAGACUUUACAGUUGUUUAGCUGUUGUUGUUGUUGUUGUUGUUGUUGUUAUUCUGUGUCUCAUUGUAGUGUUGACACAUCACAUCUCUGUAGCUGCUGUUAGCUGUUACAGCUAACCUAUUUUGUUCAUUGCUUUUCUGAUAUUAUCCUGAAUUAUGACUGUUUUUAAAAAAAAAAUGUUUUGGAGGCUUUGGAGCAAUCUGGAACCAUAAUUUCCUUUCGGGAUUAAUAAAGUUCUAUUUUAUCUUAUCUUAUCUUAUAAUUGUAUGUGUCUUUAGGUUCAUUUUGAGUCUCUUCCAGGCCUGGGAGACCUGUUCAGCAAUGCAUUCAUGAUCGUUUGUAUUUAAUUGUUUUUUUUUCUAUUUAAUUAUGUUACAAAACAAUUAGCGGUUUAUUCCGUUUGCAGCUCUUCAUUUCUUUUAAAUGUCAAACUUUGGAAAGCAUUUUGUGCUUAUUCUUGUGGAAGGUAUUGUGUUUAAGUUGCUCUGUCAGAGUUUGCUCGAAUUAA